AUGCCGCAUAGUCCUCUUUUCAUUCAGCCUUUCUCUAACAUCCCACAUCCCUCCAUCCGUCGCCCGACAUUGCGGAGCACACGACCUACCCUCCGUCGUCCCACCCACCCCGUCCGACCUCGCACCUCCGUAUACUGUGUAAGCCAAGACGUCCGCGUGUCCGGCGGUGGCGUCGCCCCUUCGGAAGAUGCCUUCACUCAGUAUGAUGGCCAAGACCCAGUCCACUUUGCCUCACUCGCUUCCGAUCCGGCCGUCCGCAUGGUUCCGGUUUGGAGGAAGAUUUUUUCAGAUCAAAUGACCCCCGUUGUCGCAUAUCGAUGCUUGGUUGCGGAAAAUGACCAAACAACCCCCUCAUUUCUGCUCGAGAGCGUCCACACGGGAGAGCGCGUCGGUCGAUACAGCCUCGUCGGUGCACGUCCGGUGUGCGAGGUUGUUGCUUAUAAGCAAAAUGUUACUGUCGUAAGGCAUGAACGAACUGGAACUACCAGGCAUACCGAAAAGGUCGAUGAUCCCUGGAAAGUCAUCGCGGAGAUGAACAACACACUCAAACCUGUAUCGAGUUGUUCCUUGCCAGCAGCAGAGGCAUUUUUCUCUGGCGGCUGGGUCGGAUAUGGUGGAUACGAUACCAUGCGAUACGCCGAGCUCAAGAGUUUGCCAUUCUCCGCCACCCCGAAAGAUGAUCGCGGACUCCCAGAUCUACAUUUUGGUCUUUAUAAAGACGUUUUCGCUUUUGAUCAAGUUGCAAAGGUUAUCUACAUCGUCCAUUGGGUUGACAUCACCGAUCAUUCCAACGCCAACGGAGAGGCACUGGUUGCAGAGGCACACGCAGCGGGGAUGAAGGAGUUAGACUCACUGGUAGAGACGCUUCAUAAGGGGGCCAAUCUGAGUACGAUGUCACCUGGAACGGUGAAUUUGAAUACUGAUGCGGCGGCGAUUCGGCAGUAUCCGAGUAACAUGACGAAAGAGGAGUUUAUGGAAGCGCUGUCGAAAAUCAAAUACCACAUUAUGGUUGGGGAUACCUUUCAGACGGUGUUUUCACAACGUUUUGAACGAUGGAGCGAAGCAGACCCGUUCUCUGUGUAUCGAGCAUUGCGUAUCAUUAACCCUUCUCCCUAUAUGAUUUACAUGCAAAAUGAGGGAUCAAUUUUGGUGGCCUCUUCGCCAGAGAUCUUGACUAAAGUAGAGAAUGGUACUUUAACUAAUCGACCACUCGCAGGAACAAGGCGCCGCGGUGCAAGCGAGGAGGAAGAUGAGGUCCUAGCAAAAGAGCUGCUAGCUGAUGGUAAGGAUCGGUCCGAGCACAUGAUGCUGGUAGACCUGGGACGCAACGAUGUUGGAAAAGUGUCGGCGUACGGGUCUGUGAAGGCUGAGCAAAUCAUGAAUGUUGAGAAGUACUCGCAUGUGAUGCAUAUCAGCAGCACUGUGAAAGGAAAAUUAAGAGAGGGGUUGACUUCGUGGGACGCUCUUCGCGCGACGCUACCAGCUGGAACGAUCAGCGGGGCUCCGAAAAUUCGGGCGAUGCAGAUUAUCGAUGAUCUAGAGCCUACAAAGCGCGGACCAUAUGGAGGGGGGAUCGGGUACAUUUCGUUUCAUGACAGCAUGAAUAUUGCGCUCGCUUUAAGAACAAUGGUUGUGCCGACGAAGCCACGCAUGAAUGCGGAUGGGAAACCAGAGUGGCAGUACUUUCUUCAGGCUGGGGCUGGAAUCGUGUAUGAGUCGGACCCUGAGGCCGAAUAUACCGAGACAGUGAACAAAGCAAUGGCGAUGAACAGAGCGAUUGACUUGGCAGAGAAUGCUUUCUAAAAAGGGACGCUCGUUGGCGAUGAACAGAGCAGUUGACUUGGCAAAGAAUGCUCUCUAAAAAGGGACGGUCGUUUGCAGAGAUUCUUGUAAGGAAAGAGUUGCAGACAAAGACUGGAGCAUAUUCUUGGUUGAAGCGGAUAGUCCUUGGGUACUGUGUGUACUGUACAUUGAUGAGUGUCCUAAACUGGUAAUCUGCCAGAGAUUAGUUUCCAAGGGUGUGUUAGUGCUGAUGCAUUGCUGCCCAGAUUUGUAAAUUAAAAAAUUAAACACGAUUGGGACGAAGCAGCCCCAAUAUUGCA